CUUCCCAACAUCAUCAGACACGAGUCUUCUGUCUUUCUCUUUCCUCUUUGAAGCCUUUUGCCUCUUUAUAGCUAUCAUUCUUCCUGUGUUGUAAUCUCUGUGUUACACCCAAGCCCUGCCCUUUUUCUCUCUUGUUUGGAGGGAGGUAUCAGAGAUCUAUGGAAGGGGGAAGCGACGGUGGUGCUGCAGCAGCAGCAGCAGCAGCAGCAGCAGCCGCAGCAGAAUGUUCAAACAAGAGUAGAAGUGAUAGCAACAAGUCCCAAAGCGAAUUGGGAAAUGAAGGCAGCUCAAGCAACAGCACAAUUGAAGAGAACGAUGAGCGGCAAAAGAAGCCCACCGUGAGGCCCUAUGUCAGAUCCAAACUCCCACGACUCCGUUGGACCCCCGAUCUCCACUUCCGCUUCCUUCAUGCCGUCCAAUCACUCGGCGGACAACAAAAUGCUACACCCAAGUUGGUUCUUCAAUUAAUGAACAUCAAAGGACUAAGCAUCGCCCAUGUCAAGAGCCAUCUCCAGAUGUAUCGAAGCAAGAAGAGCAAUGAAAUGACAACGGUGGCAGAUCAAAGGGUUCUAAUGUCUCAAACUAGUGAUCGCAACAUAUUCACUGUCAGCCAAAUCCCCAUGUUCCAACGCCAUAACCAAACCUACCCUUCUAAUAUUUUUCGAUUCGGUAGCCAUUCAUGGAGUGAUUACGAGAACAAAACAACACAAACCCUUUACAUGGGGAAGGCCUCGGCAUUGAGUGAAGCGAGAUCGAGGGAAUUCAGCACGAGCAUGGUCGGUGAACGGAACACGAGAACGAGGAAAGGGGAUGAAGAAAUAGACUUGAGUUUAUCGCUGAAGAUUGCAGCAAGAGAGGAGAUGAAGAUUGAGAAGAGAAGGAGGAUAGAACAAGAAGGUUUAGAAGAUAGAACUGAUUUGUCUCUAUCUUUGUGCUCAUUUCAUUCAAAAUCUCCAUAGCAAAAGAAGAGGAGGUUAAAGAGAGAGUAAGUACUCUGGAUCUGACUAAAUGAAUUCAACCCAUCAAAUUCUAAGUGAGAUGCUGAAGUACUUAUUUCCCGAUUUGUACCUAAUUUGUCUCCGAUAGAAACAAUAAACGUUCGUGAUGAUAUGAUAUUGUCUAUUUUAUGUCGAUACUUUCAUUGUCUGUCAUACCGAUAAAAAUAAUGUCAUUUAGUUAGUGUAAUAACUCAAACUCACCAU